CACUGCAUAUAUAAAAAGAUUGUGGAGUAGCGCUUUUAGUAACGAAAGGUAUUAUGCCCAGAUAUAAUGCAAUAUUUGCGGUCAUGGCACUGCUUGUACUGGCAUUAGGAUACACUGUUCCGGAAGCCAUGGCCUUGAAGAUGAGGCCCACCUCAACCAGUCUCAUGCUUGAGGUUGGAGGCGAGGAGGUGUGCAUUUAUGCAUCAAACCAUCACCGCUUUGAGGGUGUCGUGAUGCACUACCAACUCGUUCAGGGUGAUAUUGACUUCGACGUGUUUGUUCGUGACUCUAAAAACAAAACGCUAUACGCAUCUUUUGCUGGCGAGCAUGAGCAGAGCGAGCGGGUAUACUUCACCACACGCACAACACAGCAAUACUCAUUUUGUGUUGACAACAGUCGAUAUUCAACAUCGAAAAAAUUAAUCAAGAUGGAUAUCGGCUUCACCUCCCUAAAGCGGUGGAAGCCACGAUUGGAUCCACUCCGAAAGCUUAUGACGGUUUCUGAUGGCCUAUUUCUUGGAUUGCAUGAUGAUCAAAUGCUGAUGCAAUUGCGUGAGCAGUCGCUACGCGAAGGACUGGAGAAGACCUUUACGAUGUUGAUAGUGCACGGGGUGACCGAAAUCCUCAUCGUGGUGAUGGUCUCGUUUUUGAAUACAGCUCUCAUGACAUAUCUUCUCCAGAAAGUGUCCUCGUGAAUUUAUAUUUUCUUUAUGUGCAAAAUUGCAGUUUAUCCUGUGCGAUGUUAGUAAGUUUGCUUGUGAACACUACUAAUUGCGUUCUUCUCCCACUUUCUUUUUUUUGGCAUGUUUAUUAUUUUUAUUAAUAUUGUUAUGUUAUCUAUAUAUAUAUAUAUGUAUAUAUUUAUUUAUUUAUCGUCCAACGUAUUUGCUAUGAUGUAGAGAUUACCGUGGGAUUCUAUGUAGAAUUAAAAAGAAGACUCUUUGCAUGAUUUCAAAGGAGUUAUUUAUUUAAGUGAAACUCCGAAAAUUCUUUUUCGUCUAUAUUAAUUCUUCAGUGGUGUGUCAACAGUAUUCAAAUUUUGAGUCAUUUGAAAUUUAUAAAGCCUAUAGGUAGGCAGAGGAGGAGGAAAAUGAAUCGAAAUGGUAGGUAAGCAACUUCGUGUCAUUUUUAACUAUUCUUUUCAUAUUGAAGGGAAAGGCAGAUAAUCUAACUACUGUCCAAUUUAACUACAAA